AUGAGUUCAUGCCUCCUUAAGCAGCGGCCCCUCCUGCUCACCGCCCGCAGGCCCCUCCACCUCACCGCCCUCCCACUGCCAUUGCCAUUGCCACCCAGAACCACCCGCCCCGUCACACACCUCACCGGCUCAACCCCCUCCACCCCCGACGACGACAUCCCCAUCGACCUCUCGCACCGCCCUCCUCCCCCCACCCCCGACGACCCAUGGGCCUUCCUCCAAGGCGCCCCCAAGCGGCCGCACGAGGUCCCCUACAUCAUCCCCACCUACCGCCACCCCUCCUCCGCCUCCGCCCUCUCCCGCACCACCAACCCCUUCAUCAUCAACCCCUUCACCGCCCCCCGCUCCCCCACCUCCACCUCCACCUCCACCUCCACCUCCACCUCCUCCCUACUCAACGGCAAAAAACCACUCAUCGACCCCGUAACCCUCUGCGAGCGCGAGCGCCUCGUCUUCAAAGAAAUCUUCGAGCAGAUCCUAUCCACCAAGACCGUCUUCGCCCCACAGCCCAACGGCGCGCCCUUCCCCAGCCCGUCGCUCAACGCCCUCUUCGAGUCCGCCGUGGGCCCGCAGCAGCACCGCCACGAGAUCUCGUUCGGCCCGCGCGACGGCAUCGACCGCGACAGCACCAUCGCGCGCCUGGCGCUCGCCAGCAACUUUGAGGAGUUCAGCCCCGCGGUGCGCGCGGCGGCGGCGAAGGCCGCCGGCGUGGUCGGCAGCGUGUGGACGUCGAGGGAGAUGGAGGAGAUUAAGGAGCAGCUGGGCGAUAAGAUAUUGGAGAUGAACCGGUGCGAGACGGACCUGGAGCUGGGGAGCUGGAUGGAGGCGCAUGUGUUCUCUAUGGUCAAUGGCAGCAGCGGGGAGGCUGCUGAGAAGCGGACAUUCCCGCCUGGAACAUACUCGUACCUUCUUGCUGAAGGUAUGCGGAUACUCCGCAGCACGUUCAACGACCUGCAGGGGGUGUUCUCGAUCUUCAACAAGAUCAAGACGCUGGGCGCCGAGUCGUAUGUGGUGGGGUGCAGCGUGGACGUGUACAACCAGGUGAUUGCGGCCAAGUGGGAGGGGACACGGGAUCUGUACAAGGUGAAGGAUCUGGUGGAUGAGAUGGACACGAACGGGAUCCAGGGGAACUCGAAGACGCUGCAGACGAUCAGGGAGAUCAUGCAGGAUGUGGCCACGGUGGAUAGUUAUAGCAUGUGGACGCAUGAGCUGUUUAGUGAGGGGAAUGAUAUGGUUCUGGAUGGGCUGCAGGGACGGGUGGAGGUGUGGGAGAAGCCGAGGCAGGUGUGGGGGAAUAUUGAGGAGGCGUUGAAGGGGAUAGGGGCGUAG